UCUGCAACACACUACAUUUUGUGUUUGUCAUGUUGGCUACCCUGACGUAAUUUUACGCGCACAUGCGCAGAACGACAGGUGGUCGCCGACUCGAACCAGCCGUCCCGACCGAACCUAUCGACUUCUCAUCCUCAUCAUCAGCCGCUUUCGUGCUCUAGCAAGAACGACAUGCAGUGCUUUGUGUUCAAGUGGUCGUGGUGACAUGGCGUCUCUUUUAUAAGAUUGUGGAAGGUGUUAAUUCUUUCAAAAUAUCGUUUAUUUACAAUGAAUGUGAACUAUGAUCGUGUUUGUAGACUGUGCUUGUCAUCUCGAGGCGAAUUACUGCCCAUUUUUCCUACCACCAGUUCGGAUGACUCGGAACCUCCCAUCCUCGCAGUGAAAAUCAAGGAUUGUGUUUCUGUUCAGAUAAACGAAAAUGACGACCUGCCUACUAAUGUCUGCAGGAAAUGCAUGGACAAUGUCAAUAACUGGCAUGUAUUUAAAAACGUAUGUGAAAGGACACAAAACAAACUACUGUCUCUAAAAGAUGGCAGCCAACUAGAAGAGGUAAAAAUAAAGAGUGAACCACUAUCUGAUGAGGCUUAUGAUGAUGGAGUGGUUAUUGAUGGCUCAUAUCCUGACAUUGAGAAUGCCAGUUCAAACAAAGUGCAACCUGAAGGUCCCCCAAUCUUGGCUUCAUUGGGGCUCACGCCAAGGAGUGAUAAGGGGGCGGAAAGUGAGAAUAACGAAGAUGAAGAGGACGAGGAAGAGAUGAAUGAACCGGCUCAAACAUUCCCCAAGAUGCCCCACAUGCCCGAGGUGUCCAUCACAGUGAUGCGGCCCACCGGCGAGACCCUACACGCCCGGCAAGGCAUCCACCAGCUCGCUUCCAAAGACUGCCUGGUCUGUGGCCGCUCCUACAGGUACUCACACAACGCCCGCCGUCAUGAACUCACCGCUCACGGCUUCGAUAGAUAUACAAACAAGACAACACCCAAGAAAACUCUCACUCACCUGCAACCCAAACUCAGACCCAACCCGUUCAACCCCAAAGCGAGGAUGAUGCCGAAUCCUAUUAAUCAUAAGAUGCAAUUUAUGAACAAAAAUAUGUCAGCAAAGAAAAUACCAAUGAAAGUAGUAACGCCCCAACGACCCAUUCAAAUAAAAUCGUUGAAGGCAAAUCAAAAUAACUUACCUUAUCCUCUUCGCAUUAAAGCGCUUAAAGAUUUACAAAUAAAGAAAAAAGAACCCCAAAUACUAAAGACUUUAUUGACGUCUAAGCCUGAAGUUCUAGUAUCGGAACCUGAGAUUUUAAAUUCUGGUCCUGAAAGUCCGGAAACUUUAAUUUCUGAACCUGAAAUUGCAUCUUUUCAAGUUGAAGCUAUUCUUUCGGAGCCAGAUGCCGAUGCAUAUGAUCCAAACCCAGGCGACGAGGAUGUCGAUGGAGAUGGUGAUAUGCAUAACAAUCAAAAUCAAAACUAUGACACUGUUGAUAUGGACUCUGAGAACGAAAUUGAAAUUGCCCGUCAGCAAGGUAUUGAACAAGAUGGUGAUGAAAACGCUGAUGGGGAUGAAAAUACGGAACAAGAUGACGAUAAUAUGGAAGGUGCUAUGAGCGAUAAUGAUAAUGACAAUGACAAAGAUGUUAUCGAUGAAAAUGCAGAAAGUCGGGAAAACAUGGAUGGGGAUGACAGCACUGUUAAACCUGAUACAGAGAAGGACGAUGAGGAGGGUCAAGAAGAUAGAGAAAAUGAAGAGAUGGAAAUGAAUAAUGACCAAGACGAACAAGAGGAAGACGAUGACGAUGACCUUCCUAUGUCAUUAGCACCAGUCGUUGAAAUAAAUGAGGACAUGCAAGCUAACUUGUUCAACAGUGAGAUGCAUGAAGAUGAUGACGAUCUUGACGCAUCCGCCGAUCCCAACGAAACCGUUGAUGAAGAAGAGCAGGUCAAGGAACUCGACCCGGACAAAACAUAUGUUACGAAAACCCAAAGAGAUUUUAUCCAUAAAUAUCGUGACAUCAUUGAACAAAUUAAUACGAAACGCUGUCUUUGUUGUGACAGGGAACAUCCGCGUAGGAAAGCGGUUAUACAACACUUACAGAAAAAUGGGCACAAGGUCCCGAAGCACACAUGCUACAACUGUGUUGUCACAUUCAGUCAUAUUGGUGCUCUGCUCAGCCAUAUGAGGUCAAAUUCAUGUACAAAUUUGUGGAAGAUAAUAUACAACGAAAACGGUAUCACAGAUGAUUUGGUCAUAGAAGAUGAGCCUAAGGAGAUCAAGGUGCAAACCAAAGACAUUUUCAAUGCUCGAUCAUAUGCUUGCAAGCUUUGCCCAGCUAAGUUCCAAUUGAAACAGUUUAUUAUGAAACACGUUUUAGAUACGCAUGAAGAUGGACAAUCUAGAAUGCCACUUUGUUGUGUUCACUGCCGCGCUAGGUUCAAAGAUAAAAGCUUAUUGAAGAAACACAUUCGCAAAGGUGAUUGUACGGUGUAUGUUGCAUGUGAUUUGUGUCCAGAGAAGUUCGGUAAUAUGCAAGACUUCAAUGACCACGCCUUAGCAAUUCACGCCGGUAGUUUUGAUCAGUCAGAUAACCAAAGUAAAUGUGUUGAUGGUCGGCCUACCGACUGUCCGCUGUGUGGUAAGAAAAACAGCAGCUAUCCGAAUUUAGUAAAACAUUUGAAGAUUAUACACAGUGAGGAGAAGCCUCACUAUUGCCAACAUUGCGAAUCUAAAUUCGAACAAGCUACUGAUCUUAACAAGCAUAUUUACAUGGAGCAUUCUGACAGAACAUUAGGAAUGGCAAGCAACGAGCCGGACAUGUCAAUUGUAAAAGAAGAAGCUGAGGAGUACCAUUAUUCAUGUACGGAAUGUAAUGCCAUAUUUGAAACUGUCGACGCGUGGACUGAUCACCAAGUGGCCGAACACAACCAAGUAGCUCACCACUGUGACCAAUGCGACAAGAAGUUUUUGCGUCCGUCCGAACUCGCAGAACAUAAGAACACUCACUUAAGAGUCAAGUUCUACCCAUGCAGUGUGUGCCCUAAUUCAUACAGUACUCCUCAGAAAUUGUCUGAACAUGUACAGCAGUCUCACCCUGGCGUAGGUGCAGUAGCAGCAGCUGAUUCAGAAUUCUUCUGUGAUAUUUGCAUCAGAUCAUUUAAAAGUCGCCAAGCGUAUUCAAAUCAUAUGCGUAUACACGCUAAAGUACCAACAACUAACAGAAAACCAGGCCAACCGGGUGAAAUUAAGGGUGGAUUUGCUCCACAAAUUAUCGGAAAACCCAUCAAACAAUACCCUGUGGUACAACCAGGGUUUGUAUCAUUUAAACCAAACUAUAAUAUUCCCAAUGCUCCGUAUUCCUGUGAUAUUUGCGGAAAAGGUUUCAUGCACAAAAAGAAUAUUUGGAAGCACAAGAAAGUAUUGCAUGCUGACAUUUUAGUUGAUAGGCACGACAGCGAAGAAAAUACAAUGCAUGCGUCAACUGAAGAAGAAGAAUUCAAUCCUGAUGAAAACGGUGCCAUUCUCUCAACGCCACAAUUUAAUAGUUUUAACUUUACUAAUUUCCCAAACAAUAUACAGCAGUCAUCCCAAGAGUCUAUGCCUUAUUCUUGCGAAUUAUGCUUUAAGCGAUUCCCGUUGAAGACUAGUUUGUGGAAACAUAAACGUGCUAAACAUGGAAUUGUUAACCCUGGCACCAGCGCCGGUAGUGAUACGCCCACGCAAUCGGCGAGUGGUGAGGGUAGUAGUAGUAGUAGAUCCAGUUGCACAAUAUGCAGGAUCACUUUUACAGAUAAGAAAUCAUACUAUCGCCACCGAAAGAUUGUUCACAAGUCCACCGUUCAAAUGUGUAAAUUAUGUGGCAAAUCUCUUAACUCACCUCUGGAAUUGUACGAACACUUGAAAGCAGUUCAUGCCAGGGAAUUGCUUGGAUAUAAUGCUAAUCAGGGGUCUAGUAAAUCUCAGGAUAUGUCCCAAGACAUGGAAGCAGAAUACGAGAACGAUCAGGAGGUAGACCCCAGUGUCGAUUACCAAGCACGAUACCCUUGCGAUACUUGUGGUAAACAAUUUGUAGGGUUACUGGCACUGCAGAAUCACCAAUGUAUUAAUCAGAUGCCUUCGCAACCACAAACUUUUGAUUGCGAGAUCUGUCACAAGAGUUACACAUCGAUAUCUGCAUUAAAAAGUCAUCGAGGUUGGCAUCUAAGAUCACCUGACGGAAAGGCGGCUGCAAAUAAUUCCGGACUCUGGAUGCCCCAGCACAAAGUAACCAGCAAGAUAAGCAAACACGAGGUCGUGGACCCUGUACAACUUGCUAAAGUCACCCAUACCCCUUCUGCCAGCCCAGCGCCUUCCGCUUCCGUAGCGAAACGGAGAUUACCGCCGGAAGUUGAAGUGACAGUCGUCAACCCCAACAAAAAACUGCGAUCUGAUGAUUCAGUAGAGUUGGAACAAAGUACUGGCACCCUCGAAGAUAGAUACUGUAAUAUUUGUGAUAAAGAAUUUACCAAACGGGCUGCAUAUCAGCGGCACAUGGACGAGGUACAUCAACCAAACUCAGUUUUUUGUCCGGUCUGCGAAAAGAGUUUUACGAGAAAGUCGACGUUACUCAUUCAUAUGAAGAAACAUUAUGAGACUGGCGAAGGCGGUAGUUCCUCCGUGACUGGUCAAGGUGAUGAUGAGAUGUACAAUUGUGAUUUGUGCGGAGCUCAGUACGACAACGAGCAGGCGCUGAGAGCCCACCGCGUGCGGCAUCACGGCGAGGAGUCCGCGGAGGAGAGCGACGACGGCAGCGUGGCCGCGCCGCCGCCCGGCGAGUUCACCUGCGGACAGUGCGGCGACGGCGUGGCCACGCCCAGGGACCUCAUCGCGCACCGCACCAUGCACGCGACGCCCACCAAGUUCUUCUGCAACAUAUGCAAGGUGUACUUCGCCCGCGCGCUCGACCUCUCGUCGCACACUCGGGCGCGACACUCGGACAACGAAAAGGUAUUCUUCCCUUGUGCCAUGUGCGACAAAUUUUACAUGAACAAGAAGAGUUUACAACGGCAUAUCGAGAUGGCUCAUUGAUCAACGCCUGAAGCUAAUUAAACUUCACUAGUUAUAAUUGAUAGUAUGAAAGCGAUGCGCGUUUCUACUGUGUUAGUAAUUAUAUUACUAGACUUCUUAUGCUGUGGUAACAAAUGAAUAAUUGAUAGCUACAACACAUUGUACAUACAUUUGUUCUAUACAGACUCACUAUUGAUGCAGCGCGGCUGUUCUUAAAUGAUAUUGAUUUAUUAUCAUUUUAAUUAUGUCAUUCCUUGACUUAUGAUUUGAAUUGAGAAUCAAGUUUUUAUUUUUUUCACUAUUUCUCGUCAAAGCCUUUGCUCACGAAUUGUGUUAUUUAUUAUACUAUUCUGUCCAUAGUGAUAUGAAGACUGUUACAGAUUCAAUUUGAUGUAAUGGUUUAUAUGGACUCACUUGGACUCUUAGGUCUAUAGAUAUGUAAGUACCUAUCAUAAUUUACUAAAUAAAUUAUGAAGUUAAGUAAGUAAAUAUUAAUAGCAAACUAUUCUAUUUUUGAAUAUUGGAAUCACGGGCCAAAUUUGUGAAACAUAGUCAAAAUCAGUCAACCAGUGUUUAGUAAGUGUGUAAGAAUUUGUUUCUUAAUGUAUGAUUAUUUUUUAAAUCGACAAAUUUAAAUAUAAUGUUACGGUCUUAGGCGUUUUUCUUGAAAUUACGUUUAGUUUCAUACAGUGUAAAUAUUAAUUAGUUAUUUUAGUUAUAAUCUUGGGAUUUAAUGAGUUAAUGAUUUGGUAAAAAAAAAAUGGUAAGGUCAUUUGUGUUUCACUAAAAUGUACUGAUUAUUUUUAGUAAUUUUAAUAUAUAUUAUAUGUAAACCACUAAGGGCAUAUCUCCUCAUCUAUGGUAACAAAUGUAAUUUUGUAUAAGUAGUUGUGGAAAGGCCUAAAAAUCUGAUAAAUAACCUGUAAAAUAUAUUGUAAGAUAUACCUAAGAUUUUGGAUAUCGUUAAUUAAUAUUUAUACUUUUACAAUAUUCUUUUGUUUCUGAUGUUAAUCAGUGCCAAAAAUAUUUUGAGCUCUCCAUAGCAACAUAUAGUAAUAUAAAUCAUUAAUAGAUAUAAAAUGUUCCUGUAAAUUAAAAAGUUUUCAAUCAUACAUUGUUAAUCUGCUUUAUGAUUGUUGGUGUAGUUAAGAUUCACCUUUACUUAUUACUGAUUCCGAAAUGAAAAGCAGUAAUUACAAGGAUUUAUUGGACACUAAAUGCUUAUUCUAUGGAAUACAUAGUUCAAACAGUGAUAUUGUAAUAGAUAUUUUAUUAAGCUCUACGUUCUUCAUUUUAACGUGCGAUAUAUCAUGAAACUACCAAAACCACACUCUUGACCUUAACGGUAUAAUUCUAAAUACUCAUGUUUCGCCGAAUGUUAUAGUAUCAAUGUAAAUAGAUAUUAUUUCCUGAAAAGAGAAGAUAUUUUUCCUAGUUGGUGAUGAAACGGUGUAGACGAAAAUUGUUGUUAAAACAUGCUUCCUUGUUUUCGCAUUUCUGUAAGAAUGUACAAAUUAAGUGAUAUGAACAAUUUUAAAAGUGUUUGUCUUGGAUUGCGUGCGAUUUUAUAUCGAAAGUUAAUGUUUAAAGAUAUAAUAGUCAAUUGUCGAUUCCCGAUUGAGACGCCGUGAAUAUAUGGAGCUAUUAACAUUGUAAUAUUUCGGUUUUAUUCAAAUAAACAAGCAUUUUUGUGGGUUAAGGUACCAUUAUAUUUAAUGUACGGCGUAUACCUAAGACAGGGUGUAAAGACACGAGGAUGUUCCUUAAUUAAAUUCGACGAAUUAAUUUAUAGAGUAAAUCCAAAAUAUUUGUAUUUUAUUUAAGGUAUUUUGUCUACUGUUAGAUAAGUCUAAGGUUAAUCAAAUUAACCUGUUUUAUGGUUAUAAUUUACCCAAAAUCUACCUAAAUAUCAUUCACAGAUGAAAUGUUGUAUUUUUAUUUGUAUAAUGACCUUUGUUUGUCGAUAGCAUUAUAUCUGCCUUAGGUCAUUGAGUUCUAUCAAAUACUUUUAAUUAGUCUUGGUUUUUAAUGAUGUGGCUUUUAUUUUAGGUACUUACGUACGUAGAAUAAAACUAUAUUUUAAUAUUCGUACUUGACGGCGUCUUAAUGUAAAAAUUGUCCAUAGAUGAGGUUCACUUUUGUCAUCUUUGUGGUUUGAUAAUAAAGUGACUUAAUGAUUAUUA